UCUCCACUUUACUCCUCCAUUCCAACACACAGAUUGUAGAGAGAGAAUCAACUCCACAAACAACACAUAAUCCUUCUCUCUCUACCUCAUCGAUUUUGUUCCAUUUUCAGGUUCAAUCAUAAUCGGGUCUCGGGUCACAAUUAACCCGAAUGGGUGACGCGUACUGUUCGGACUGCAAACGGAACACGGAGGUGGUGUUUGACCACGCCGCCGGGGAUACGGUUUGUUCGGAGUGUGGGCUUGUGCUGGAAUCCCGGUCCAUUGAUGAGACUUCGGAGUGGCGUACGUUUGCUGAUGAUUCAGGUGAUCAUGACCCGAACCGUGUUGGAGGACCCGUUAACCCGUUGCUUGGUGAUGUGGGCCUUUCUACUGUAAUUUCUAAAGGGCCUAAUGGGAGUAAUGGGGAUGGUUCUCUUGCUCGGUUGCAGAAUCGAGGUGGCGAUCCUGAUCGUGCCCUCGUUAUAGCUUUUAAGGCCAUUGCCAAUAUGGCUGAUAGGUUGAGCCUUGUUUCUACCAUAAAGGACCGAGCAAGUGAGAUAUACAAAAGGCUGGAAGACCAGAAGUGUACGAGAGGAAGGAAUCUGGACGCCUUGGUGGCUGCUUGUAUCUACAUUGCUUGCCGGCAAGAAGGCAAACCACGCACUGUAAAAGAAAUAUGCUCAAUGGCCAAUGGAGCUACAAAGAAGGAAAUUGGCCGAGCAAAAGAAUUCAUUGUGAAACAAUUGAAGGUUGAAAUGGGAGAAUCAAUGGAGAUGGGGACUAUACAUGCUGGAGACUAUCUGAGACGUUUCUGUUCUAACAUUGGUAUGAACCAUGAAGAGAUUAAGGCUGUCCAAGAAACUGUCAAGAAGUCAGAAGAGUUUGAUAUAAGGAGGAGUCCUAUAUCAAUUGCUGCAGCAAUAAUAUACAUGCUGACGCAGCUUACAGAUUCAAAGAAACCUCUGCGAGAUAUCUCAAUUGCAACCACAGUUGCAGAAGGGACUAUCAAGAAUGCAUACAAGGAUCUCUAUCCCCAUGCUGCGAAAAUAAUACCUGAAUGGUAUCUCAAGGAUAAGGACCUUAAGAGCCUGUGCAGUCCCAAGGCAUAAAACAUUUUGUUUUAUUGCAUUAUAGGAGCUGCUUAUAGGGACUAAAUCUUCAGGGAGUGCCAAGACUAGAGAACAUCAGAUAUUGGAGUUAUAAGGGGACUGUAGUGUAAUAUGUGAUCCCUGGGUAAUCAGAUUUCUCAUUUCCAUUUGUCUUCCCUUCCCAGGAAACAGAUAGGCUAAUUUAAUUGAUAUAUGAUGGGGCCAUUGUUUCUCCAAAUUUUGAUGGCUAUCUAUUGUCAUUGGCAAUAUUCUCGUCCCCUACUGAUAAAUUCCUCAGGGUGAGGGUCAGUGACAUACAGUUUGAAACUCGGUGGAUAAUAGCACCUUAUUUUUUCAGAUUUUUGUCUA